AUGUUCCAUCAUCACAGGGUCAAAGGUCACCACAGAGUGCGAACUGUUGGUGUUUACGGUGGCGGUGAUCGGUCGGUCCCCAAGCAGAGUCCAGGUGAUCCUCGGUAUCGUGGAACAGUUGACAACGAGAACCCCCGCAAGGACAACGAGAACCCCAACCAGGACAGCGAGAACCCCAACCAGGACAACAAGAACCCCCGCCAGGACAACAAGAACCCCCGCCAGGACAACAAGAACCCCAACCAGGACAACGAGAACCCCUGCCAGGACAGCGAGAACCCCAACCAGGACAACGAGAACCCCUGCCAGGACAGCGAGAACCCCAACCAGGACAACGAGAACCCCAACCAGGACAACGAGAACCCCAACCAGGACAAUGAGAACCCCCGCCAGGACAGCGAGAACCCCAACCAGGAUAACGAGAACCCCUGCCAGGACAGCGAGAACCCCAACCAGGACAACAAGAACCCCCGCCAGGACAGCGAGAACCCCAACCAGGACAACGAGAACCCCUGCCAGGACAGCGAGAACCCCAACCAGGACAACAAGAACCCCUGCCAGGACAACGAGAACCCCCGCCAGGACAACAAGAACCCCAACCAGGACAACGAGAACCCCUGCCAGGACAGCGAGAACCCCAACCAGGACAACGAGAACCCCUGCCAGGACAGCGAGAACCCCAACCAGGACAACGAGAACCCCAACCAGGACAACGAGAACCCCAACCAGGACAAUGAGAACCCCCGCCAGGACAGCGAGAACCCCAACCAGGAUAACGAGAACCCCCGCCAGGACAGCGAGAACCCCAACCAGGACAACAAGAACCCCCGCCAGGACAACAAGAGCCCCAACCAGUACAACGAGAACCCCUGCCAGGACAGCGAGAACCCCAACCAGGACAACGAGAACCCCAACCAGGACAACGAGAACCCCUGCCAGGACAGCGAGAACCCCAACCAGGACAACAAGAACCCCCGCCAGGACAGCGAGAACCCCAACCAGGACAAUGAGAACCCCCGUCAGGACAACAAGAAUCCCCACCAGGACAGCGAGAACCCAAACCAGUUUAACUGUUUAAACGACCUUCAGCAAAGUUGCAUUACUGCUGAACUCUUUACUGCAGGUUGUGUUACUGCAUGAACAGCGAGCAGGUUUGAGGUUAACUGGGACUUCAGGGCGAAUUCUCUCUAAAGAAUCUAACAGAUCUGCAGCUCUUUCAAUCUGACAAAAGGUGAAAAACAAACAGUAAGAAAUAAAAUCCAGAGUUUCUCAGCCUGACAUAUUUAUAAUCAAUACAAACUAAAUGAGAAGGUUGUGAAAUACAGACUCU